AUGUCUCUUCCUAUAGCUCAAAUAUCUUUAGUAGAUUUAGAUGAAGAUAACCCUUAUUUUGAUUUACAGAAUGACCUUUUUUCGAGUUACCAAGCUCGGUUAAAUGUUAACGCAAAUUAUCCACGAGUGCCUACUUUUUUAUCAGAUAAUCAUCGUCAAUCACCAUCCAACUUAACUUCUUUUUCUCCAUGGCAACCUUCACAUGCUUUAAUUUCACUUGAUCACCGAUUUCAAACCAAAAUUUUAUAUAUAUUUCUGUGCGUUCCUUGUUCACAUUGCUCAAUUCUUAUGUUUCCUUCACAAGCAAAAUGGGCCUCUCGUGAUCUUAAUAUAAAUUACGACCUUUGUCAAGCUUUUUCGAAUUUGUCCCUCACUGAACAUCCUAAUAAAGAGAGAUAUAUCGCUGUAUAUGCUUCGUUUGCUCUCUCAGACGUGCAGAAAAUACAAAUCGAUUUACAUACUACCGGCAUCUUACUGGCGCAUUUGGUCUCUCAAAAAAUAUCUGUGCUUUACAAAUUUACGCUGGAACAUUAUGUGCCAUAUUAG